AUGCCGGCCAUCUUUCACUUUCUCGAAAAGCUCAAGCCGCAUAUCCCGCCUGGCGGUAUUGCAGCGAUGUGGCUGCUAGACAAUGUCGCCUACCGCGACGUCGUGCGCAACCCAUCCGCGCCGUGGAAGGCAGAAUUCGUCGCCGCAUACUUUCACCAUCUCAAGGAGACGCAUAUUGUCGCCACAGACGCGUGUACUCUGGCCAUGAAGGAGCUUGAGAUACCCGAGGAUGUUGAUCCGAAAGCGAAGGAACGCAUUCAGGAACGUAUUGCACCGUUCCUGCGCUCUAUUGCUUCGAAUAUGACCGUACAGAUUGACUACGAGCUCAACGGUGCCUCGAGUGGUCAACUCAAGCUCGGCCCGUCGGACGGAAAUGGCAUCAGUUCUCAGGUGCUUGAUAUCCCCCUUGUCAACGAAGUCACAGGCACGAUACCGAAUGCACAAGAUGGUCCGCUCAAGAUGUCCGUCUCAUCCUUUCAGCAGGAGAGUGUAGAGCACCAGUCUCUUACGGCCAUCUACGAGACGGGCACGACAUACCUCGCAGAAGAUGGAGGGUGGAGUUUGAUCAGUGACGUAGAUGACACUGUCAAGAUUUCGUGUGUCAAUGACCACAAGCAGCUCACGAGGAAUACCUUUGUCAACGUUCCUCAGCAUUCGCCUGGUAUGCCAGAAUUGUACCAGAAGAUGCAUGAAGCAAUCUCCACGCCUGAUCAUCCCACCCCAUUCUUCUACAUUAGUGCAAGCCCGUACAACCUCUACCCCUUUCUCCGCAAAUUCCUCAAGGAUUCAGCUUAUCCAGAUGGAAUGAUUAUUCUUCGGGAUCUUAGCUGGUUUGAUAUCCAUAGUUGGUAUAGUCGGGUGAACGAUUCCUUCUUACACACCAUCCCCAUCAAGGAAUACAAAUUUGAUCGCUUUGUCAAGGUAUCUGGGUGGCUUCCCCGUACGACCUGGGUAUGUGUGGGCGACAGCACCCAAUCCGAUCCAGAGGCCUAUGCACAAUUCUAUCAUCAUCUUGAAACUCUGCGCGCGACCAAUCCAGACGCUAACGAGGGCCGCGUUGCGCGGAUCUGGAUCCGAAAAGUUGUUGGUGUCAACCCGAAGCUUGAGGAAACACUCAAUGCCCCAGAGAGAUUUGAACGGGCUUUUCAAGGUAUUCCGUCGGAGGUGUGGAAGGUAUUUGAAGAUGGAAAGGAGCUCAUGGACCAGAUCGACGGUGUCAAGCGAGAGAGAGAGCAGAUUCAUCAGAAGCACGAUGAGGAUGGUACGAACAAGCAGACACGCUCGCCCCUUCAGUGA